AUGCCCUCAGAACCGUCCAGGUCGGGCAUCGUUGUCGACGAGGCCAGUGGUGAACGGCACAUUCCCGAGUCGGUCCGAGCCGACGGCACCACGAGGAAAGCAAUCAAAAUCAAGCCCGGCUAUCGCCCGCCCGAGGAUGUCGAGAUCUACAAGAACCGCACCGCCGAGGGCUUCAGGAACCGCGGCAAGAGCGGGAUCCCCGGCGCCGACGGCCUGAAAGACCAGAAGGUUGAAACGGCGUCCACCGCCGCCAGCAACAAGAAUGCCAAGCGCCGCGAGGCCCGCAAGAAGGCCAAGGAAGGACAGUCUGACGCGCCUGCCGAGCCGUCCAAGGAGGAGCCCAGAGUGGAGGAGCUAGACCCCGAGGCCGAGAAGGAGAAGAAGGCCCGCAACUUGAAGAAGAAGCUCAAGCAGGCCAAGGACCUGAAGAGCAAGAAGGACGAGGGAGAGUCGUUGCUCCCCGAGCAGAUCGCCAAGGUCAUCAAGAUCAAUGAGCUGAUCAGGGAGCUGGAAGCUCUCGGCUUCGAUGCUGACGGCGAGCCGAAAGCGGGCAAUGGCAAGCAAGAAGGUUGA